GAAUUCUUUUUCUUAAAGGGGAGGAGUUGUACAAAUAUAUAAAAGCUUCCAAAACAAACCUGAUCUCUAGACAAGAGAAAAAGCAAGCAAAAAUCUGAAGAGGUGUUAACGUGAUUUUCAUACCAAAUUGUCAUGGCCGAAUACAAAGUAGAGGUGACCACUGGUGAGUGGCUGCUGUCUGAGACAUCUGACUAUAUAUAUGUCACACUGAUUGGAACAGACGGGCAGAGUAACCGCACACACCUGGACAACUAUGGUCUGGAUUUCCAAACUGGGCAGACGAGCAGCUACACUGUCACCAGCACCUCGUCUCUGGGGCGCCCCCUCCUGGUCAAGCUGGAAAAAGAACAGUUCCUUUACUUGCCUGAAAACGAGUGGUUCUGCUCCAAGAUCGUUGUGACGACCCCGGAGGGUGAUGUCAUCCUGUUCCCCUGCUACAGAUGGAUUUCCAGGGGGGAGGUUGUAGAGCUCAGGGGGGGGCAAGCCACCAAGGUUUUUGAGGAUGAGCUUCCUUUACUGGUUAAGCACAGGAAACAGGAGGUGGAGCUUCAUAAGCAACUGUUCAAGUGGGCUGAAUAUGCAAAGGGUGUGCCUUACAUUAACAGCAUCACUGACACCUUUUCCCUCCCUUCUGAAGUCCAAUAUUCCUUCUCUAAACUUGUGGACUUCAUCUACACCAAAUCCGUGGCUUUGGCUGAGCUCAACCUUAAGGGUCUUGCAUCCUCCACUGAGCACUGGAAAACCUUAGAUGACAUGAAGGAGGUCUUCUGGUACAAGAGGACACCCAUAGCAGAGUACGUCUAUGACCAUUGGAAAGAUGAUGAAUUCUUUGGGUCCCAGUAUCUUAAUGGAACCAACCCCAAUGUGAUCCAAUGCUGCUCAAAACUUCCCCCCAACGUUCCUGUCACUGACGAGAUGGUACAGCCCUUCCUGGAGUCUGGAAGCUCUCUAGCCAGAGAGACCAAGGAAGGGAACAUAUUCAUUUGUGACUAUAAGAAACUAGAGGGUUUGCCAACCAGGGUUGUCAAUGGUGAGCCUCUUCCUCUGACUCCAGGAUUCUGUCUUUUCUACAAGAACCCAGAGGACAAAUUGCUGCCCAUUGCCAUCCAGCUGGGACAAGUACCUUCGGAGCAUUGCCCCAUCUUUCUGCCUAGUGACUCAGAGCAUGACUGGCUGUUAGCCAAGUUAUAUAUGAGAUGUGCAGAUUUCAAUGACUAUCAGAUUACUCACCAUCUACUGAACACCCACCUGCUGGCAGAGGUCUUUGCAAUGGCAACCUUUCGGAACUUUCCUGUGAUACACCCCAUUUACAAGAUGCUGACUCCCCACUUUCGUUACACUCUGCAGAUAAAUGUCCUUGCUCGUAAACGACUAAUCAGUCCAGAUGGACCCCUGACAAAUGGUUUGAUAGAUGGAAAUGGUCUGAAAGAACUUUUGAAGAGGUCACUGUCAGAUUUAACUUACAGCUCCCUCUGUCUGCCGGAGGACAUUACUGCACGAGGAAUGCAGUUCAUCCCCCACUACUACUACAGGGAUGACGGCCUGAAGCUGUGGAAGGUCAUCAACAGCUUUGUCAAGGGGAUGGUGGAGUACUACUACCCCUCUGACAGUGAAGUGUCCAGGGACUCGGAGCUCCAAGACUGGAUUAAAGAGAUCUUCAUGUAUGGUUUUCUUGGAAACAGCAAGUCAGGAAUCCCUGAAUCGUUUCAUACAGUGGGCGAGCUGGUCAAGUUUAUUACAAUGAUCCUCUUCCUUGUCUCUGCUCAACACAAUGCUGUUAACAUGGGACAGUUUGACUACUCCAGUUGGAUUGCCAACAACCCCUUGUUUCUGAACAACCCUCCUCCGACCACGAAAGGGAGGUCUGGCAUGGACUCCAUCUUGAAGACCCUACCAAAUGUUGGCACCUCAGUCAACAACAUGGCCUCAGUGUGGUUGCUCAGCAAGAAAUUUGAUGACUUUGUUCCCCUUGGAACAUACCCAGAUGAAUACUUUGAUGAGGCUUCUCCCAAGAAGAUGAAGAAGCAACUGCAGACCGAGUUGUCCUUCCUGAGCGAGUUCAUCAAUAUAAGGAACUCAAAGCUGAAACUGCCCUACAUCUACUUGAACCCUACAAAUAUUGAGAAUAGUAUAACAAUAUGAGUGAUUUUGUCAAAUUAUUUUUGUUUUGGAUCUGGGGUUUGUAACACCCCCUAAAGGCAAUUUAUGUUCUGCACGUCUGUAAGUAGACUUUGAAAGGGUGUAGAGCCUGACAGUGUGAUAGCUUAAUGACAAUUGUGAAGUAGGACUGAAAAGUUUUGCAUUAUACCUGAAGUUGAAGUUUGAAAUGUCAUGUAAUAGUUGUUUUUGAAUGUAUUACAAGAGACGGGGAUAUUAAAAGGAGAGUUGCUUUGUGUUCCGGGAGUACAACAGUACUUAAGAUUUGUUGGAUCCGAUGUUAGUUUAUUUCCUCCAGGAACACAAUGUCACUUACUGAGGGACUCUUUGGUUAGUUGUAACUUGUUGGUUAGUUGUAACUGAGUUACCUACUUUUACUCACUGUAGAUUAUAUUAUUGUUGCUUGCUUUCUUACAGGUACACUCCUGCACUUUUAAGGUUCAUGUUGUUUAAUUUGUAACUUGUUUAACUACUUGCUCAUGUUUCUUCCCAUUCGCACUUGCUUAUCACAAUGUAUGGUCAUGUUUUGGCUUCCCGCAAUUUUUUUUGUGGCUAUCUCGUUGUUUAUGAUCAUUGACCUAUGCACUUUUUGUAAAGCUCUCUGUUGGAAGUCGCUUUAGAUAAUAAAAGUGUCUGCUAAAUGAAUACAUGUACAUUUAAAUUUGCUACAGUGGGUGUAGUGGUAGUUUGUCCUUACUGUGAAAAGUUGUUGAUGCUGUAUUCACCUUGCUUUGUAAAUAAAGAAAAGAUAGAUUGGA